AUGUAAAUUGAAAUCGAAACGAUAUAAAGCACUUUAUGGCCACCUAAAUAUGAUUUAAUUUGUAUGGGAUCUUAAUGUCCAGUAACCUAUGAGUUUAAAUUUGGUUAAGAAUUCUAUGAGUCAUAAAUUGAUUGUAAUCUUAGAUUAUGUCCCAUGUGUAAAUUUAAAGAAGUAUGUAUCAAUUUUAUUAGAAAAAAUGUACAGUUCCUAAUUGUUAAAUUAGUAUAGAAAAACACUAUCUAAAAACUAAUUUUAACAUACAAGCUAAAAAAGUUUUUAGUGAUCUUGAUAAAGAUGUUUAAGACUAAUUAUAAAUAAGAAAGAAGAUUGAAGAAAGAUAUCAUCGUCAGAUCUCAGAUAUUAAAUAAAGUACUAGACCAACAUAAAAAUUGGAUUAGUUAUCUGAAUUAAUUGAAGAUGCUAUUUAUGCUGAAAAAUCAAAUAAUAAAAGAUUGAUGCAUGAAAUAGAUACAGAAAUCUAAAAGUUAUGGAGAUAAAUUGAAAUAGAUGAAGAUAAUAAUUACUAACGAGAAUUACCAAAAUAAAUUCAAACUUAAAGAAAUAACAAUAGUUAAGGAGCUUCAUUAAAUUCUAUGAAUUAAUAACUUAAUUAUGCAUUAUUUGAUGAAAAGUAAUUCCAUAUUAAUAGAAUUGCAUGGGGAUUUUGA